AUGCCGCUAAACCCUCCUUCAGCCUUUUCAGGGGCAGCUUUGGCCUGCUUGGAAAAAAUGCAGGCAUCAGGUGUUGAGGAGAAGUGUAUUCAUAUUUUCCUCAUCCAACACGCUCUUGUCCGGAAAGGAGAAACCGGCUAUAUACCCGAGAAGUCAAUAUUUCCGGUGGAAUCUCUUCCCUUCCUUCAGGGUAUCGAAACGAAGGGAGAAAACACUGCGUUACUGCGACAAGCGGUCGUUCUUAAACUCAACGGCGGUCUUGGUACCGGGAUGGGGUUGAACGGCCCCAAGAGCCUGCUACAGGUGAAGAAUGGCCAGACGUUUCUUGACUUCACAGCCCUGCAGUUGGAGCAUUUUCGUCAAGUGCGUAACUGUAACGUGCCGUUUAUGCUGAUGAACUCGUUUUCCACAUCGGGAGAAACUAAGAAUUUUCUUCGGAAGUAUCCUACCUUGUACGAGGUGUUUGACUCAGACAUCGAACUCAUGCAAAACAGAGUGCCCAAGAUAAGGCAAGACAAUUUCUUUCCCGUCACCUACGAGGCUGACCCAACGUGCGAGUGGGUACCACCAGGACACGGGGACGUAUAUACGGUGCUUUACAGUAGUGGUAAGUUGGAUUACCUGUUGGGCAAAGGCUACCGCUACAUGUUUAUAUCAAACGGAGACAACCUUGGCGCGACACUAGAUGUGAGGCUUCUGGACUAUAUGCACGAAAAACAGCUGGGGUUUCUCAUGGAGGUGUGUCGCCGUACGGAGUCAGACAAAAAGGGAGGCCACUUGGCGUACAAGGAUGUCAUUGACGAGACUACUGGACAAACGCGACGACGUUUUGUUCUUCGCGAAUCUGCUCAGUGUCCAAAAGAAGAUGAGGAUAGCUUUCAAAACAUCGCGAAGCACUGUUUCUUUAAUACGAACAACAUUUGGAUAAAUCUCAUGGAAUUGAAGAAGAUGAUGGACGAGCAGUUGGGAGUGCUGCGGCUUCCAGUGAUGCGAAACCCCAAGACGGUGAACCCGCAGGACAGUCAAUCAACGAAGGUGUACCAGCUGGAGGUGGCGAUGGGUGCCGCAAUUUCUCUAUUUGAUAGAUCGGAAGCAGUAGUGGUUCCAAGGGAGCGGUUUGCACCUGUGAAGACUUGCAGUGAUCUACUUGCGUUAAGGUCUGAUGCGUAUCAGGUGACGGAGGAUCAGCGUCUUGUUCUGUGUGAGGAGCGAAAUGGAAAGCCACCAGCUAUUGAUCUUGACGGUGAGCAUUACAAGAUGAUUGACGGAUUCGAAAAGCUUGUGAAGGGAGGAGUGCCAUCCUUGCGACAAUGCACAUCACUUACCGUCCGUGGAUUGGUGGAAUUUGGUGCCGACGUUUCCGUUAGAGGGAAUGUGGUUAUUAAAAAUUUGAAGGAAGAGCCUCUGAUCAUUGGGAACGGACGCGUUCUUGACAAUGAGGUUGUGGUAGUCGAGUAG